UAAUGCGUAAACCGUUUAGAGUGUUUUAUAAAUAAGUGUACAUAAUGGAAUAAUACAAUAUUUUCAUCGUCGGAGAGUGAGGGUUUUUAUAGAGGUCAAAGUUAAGAAUACUACAAUGGUUCCUUAUACGAGCAUGCAUUACGGAGUAAACACGUUUUCCUAACAGAAUUAAAGUACUUGAUACGUCUAUCAUCAAAGACCGGGAAAGUACAAGAGUGACAGGUUCGAACGCGGGCUGCAGUAACUAUUGACAGGCUAGAGAUAGUCGUACCUUGGUUACCAAAGUUUAGCACUAGUGCGUCCAGGAAAAGUUAUCUGAAUUGAAAGUAUAAUUUAUUCAUGAAAAAUGAAUAUGUUGCGGGCACCAGAAGUGGAUAGAUCAGUGUGUCGUUGAAGACAGUAACCGUAUACUCGUGGCAGCUGACAAUGUGCACAUGUUAUCAUGGAAUUAAAACAGCUACUUCUUUGGUUGGCGCUUGAUUUAGUUCAUGCCCACUUUUACACUGAACCCGAAUACUUUCUUGUUCUUGGCAACACGAGCACGUGGAAUGAAGCCCGCACCACGUGCCACGAGCUGGGAGGGCAUCUGCUGUCGAUCCGUGCGGCCAGCGAUUGGGAAGUUUGGAUAAAUGUUUUGAACACUACCCGCCAAUCUUACAUACGCGCAGAAUCGGGGACGUACUGGUUCGGCCUCCAUGCGCCUGACGUCACUGAUGUUGAACGUCUCACCUGGGACGACUGUUCUGACGUCAUGUUCAGCUCUCCAGCGUUCUAUCUUGACGAGGCGACGGGAUACCAGUGUGUUUCUAUGUGGGUCCAUGUGGAAGUGUUUAAUGACGUAUUUAGAGACGUAUGGGUCAAAGGUCAGAUGUGUAGCCUUCCUGCGCAACCGAUUUGUGAAUUCUCGGUUAGAGGUUCCGGUUGCAUGGCAACAUGUGACGAGGUACUGGCUCCGUCCACUGCCACCGAAUGCAAGACCGCCUGCGAGGGCGCAUCUUGCACCGCACAAUUCCUGUCGCAGCUUGGCCUCUGCCAUAUAACACCGGACAUGUACGUGCACGCCGAAUUAUUCAGCCUGUGCUACUUUCCAUCUGUUGAUUACGUUCCUACUUGUCAGGAUUCCCUCGCAAUACCCGUAUCGACUGUUGACUCUAACCCAAGAGUGACGGACACGAAAUGCAUUUCUUCGGACACCACUACAGAUGUAACCCCUACAACAGUCGGCAUGACAUCCGAACUGGCGCCAACUAUUGUCAUUUCUGACGUAACUAUGACGACCAAAGUUAACACAGCUGCGGAUACGACAACACCGGAAGUUGGAAAUAAAACGUGUACUUGUCUGUGCCAACAGCUGUGGACGUUCCUGGCACUGCCGCCUCCAGAAGAAGAGAACCUCACUGUGGAAGAAAAGGUUGAACAGAUCGUGCAAGCACUGACGAUCGAGCGGAAAAAUACAACCGUUGCCCAGCGGAAGAAAAUCAGCGUAAUGGAUACCCGAGUAAGUUCCAUGGGUAUCGGUGCAAUAGCUGGAGGUGUGAUCUUUUCUGUGUUUGGAAUUAUUGUUUUAAUAGACUUGUCCAAAAUCAGACAUGAACUCAGAUAUUUGCUCCAGUUUGUAGUGGCCCGUUUUCGAGGCUACAUGAUUAACCACGUUCACCCGAUCAAGGACCUAGCGGGAGCAUCUAAUGAACCGUCCGUCUCCAUAGCCAUUGGCGGCCCAUUGAAACUAAAACCAAAAUUGCAAAAACAGAAGACGAAACGAAGUGUAAUUACAAAUAAGCCUGAUAUAAACACGCAUAAUAACCAGGCCAAAACUGUAAAUGGUAAGAAAGAAUCCCCCGACAAGUCUAAGUCAUUAGGUAAACGCCCUGCCUCGAAGAGCACGGAACACCAGGAAAUGGAACUUGAAGAUGUUGAAGAUCCAACAGAUGUAUCCUCGGAAACCAGUGUUAACAAGAACUCAUCGCCUCACGACGCCGGAGCCCCGCGUCAACUCUCCGUUGGGACUCUUCACACUGGUGAUGAAAAUAUGGAGUAUUAUAUAAAUAGUCAAAUAGGCUCCAUUCUCAAAACUCCCGGGUUCACCAAGGGGCUGCAGCCGGCCUAUAAGAGCACAGGGAUACUGCUGCCCAGCCCGGGUCAAGUGAAGCGUGUCUCUGUUCCAAAAGAGGAUGAACUUCAAGCCAUCGACAGGAACCGUCACCCGAAUACUUCACCGAAGCUACAGCGACCAGGGUGGAAGUAUUGGAAAUAGCAAGUUUUCUUAAAAUUAGAAACAACAACAGCGUUAUAGCAGUGUUAAACUGCUGCUUUGGUUUAUAGUUUUGAAUCAUUUUUCCUUGGAAUUUAUCGAGUAAAUUAAUGCAAUAAACACUGAAGUUAGAUAAUUUACAUAAGCGAAAAAUACAUGUACAUGUUCCUUUUAAAUCAAAAUAUUAUGACCUGUUACAAGUAGAUUUUAAUUUUGUUUUGCAUAAACUUGUAUCCAUUUGCAAAACUGGACAUACCAAAACACACAUUUUAAAGGGACUAGACACCUGAUGGUCCACAAAUCGGCAAAAAAAAUAUUACCUCAAAACAAGCCUAGAACUGUCAAAACGAGCUUGGAUGAGGCCAACAAUACGUCACUUACAUGAUUAAAAGAAUAUGGUGUCGCUGUUUUAGCUGAAUUCCCAUUAUUUAUUGAUUUUUUAAUUUACUGGUAUUUACGUGGUAGUUUGUCUACCACGUAAACAGUUAAAUUCGAACUGGAAAAUACGCAAAAACUGCGACAUUUACAUGUGUUGUUAGCACUGUGAUACAUCAGUCAGUAAGAUUCAAUGCGUUGUACACAUCGAUAUCAAUUUCUUUUUUCCUUUCAAUUGUAUCAUCUGGUGCCUUCUCCCUUUAAUGAGGUAUUCAAAU